AUGAAAACUGCACCAACUGAGUUCAUUCUUCUUUAUGAAAAAUUUCUUGUUGCCUUACAAGAACGCUGUACUGAUUAUCAUCUGAUUAAAAAAUAUCGAGCAAGUCUACCACAAUAUCUCGUUAAUAUCAUUAAAUACCGACGUAAAAUGCUAAAUCUUUAUCGAUUGACUAACGCGAAUGACCAUCGUCUUUCGCUUGCUUCUCUAAAUCGAUACAUUCAAUAUGAAUUAAGAGCAGUUAAGAAAGCUCAAUGGCAAGAAUUUUGUAUCAAUCUCGAACCAAAAAAUACUCAACGAUUUUGGCGACACACUCGCACUCUUUUUAACAAACAAAUCCCUAGAAUUCAAGGAUUUGUCAAUGAUGAACAUGAUUCCAUAUUGACUGAAACUAAUGCUAUGAUUCAACAUGCUUUCAACUACUAUUCCACAUUAUUCACAGAAAUUGAAACACCUCACCAAAAUCACAGUGUUAAUGAAUUUAAAGCAUCAUUAUCACAAAACCUCCUCGAACUUCCAUCUAAGCCGUUCUUAUUUUGUAUUGGCGACUUAAUUCAAUCAAUUCGUCGUCUUAAAACAAAGACAUCAAGUGGACAUGAGAAAGUCUCCAACAAAUUGUUAAAGUCAAUCCCGAUAUCUCAUUAUGGUUUUAUUCUUCAAAUUUUUAAUCAGCUGCUUAUCCAUAAUGAAUAUCCUCAACAUUGGAAAUUAUCAAAGAUGAUUCUAUUACCCAAAGAUAAAUCAACUAUUCUAAACAUCAACAGAACGCGACCUAUCUCACUCUUACCAUGUUUAAGUAAGGUAUACGAAAGAUGUUUUCUUGUCUAUCUUCUUCAGUGGAUAAACAAUACCGGUAUUCUUCCAUCGGAGCAAUCCGGAUUUCGACAACAUCAUUCUACCACCACCAGAUUUAUACAAUUUCUACAGGACAUUACUACAGGUCUAGUACAACACACAGCAACUCUUGUAAUUUAUGUAGAUUUCACGAAAGCCUUUGAUCAAAUUUGGCAUGAUGGAUUAAUCUAUAAAUUGUACAACAUGAAUUGUUCACGAGAGAUAAUCGAUUUUAUCAUAGAAUAUUUGAAGAAUCGUAAAUGUUAUAUUGAACUAAACAAUCUUACUUCCAACAUCUUCAACAUUGAGAAGGGAGUUCCACAAGGUUCAUGUCUCGGUCCAAUUCUUUUUCUUUUAUUUCACUGCACACUAGUUCAAGAAGUCCCAUCAGCCAGUCAUCAACAUCUGUAUGCCGACGAUCUAGCUCUUAUAAUAACAGCCUCUCCAUGGUGGACUAGAGGUGAGUUUGUGAAACAUAUGCAACAUUUAGGUCAACGAACUUUGAACGAGCUCCAAACCUAUGCCAAUACGUGGGAACAACCAAUUAAUUGUGAAAAAACAGAAUAG